AUGGCGGACAGCGGCGGGGUCAGCGCCAACAACGCCGCCGCCGGCAACGACGACGAGGAGGGCAACACCGCCCCGUUCCCCGAGACGGUCCAGAUAGGAGGAUCUCCCGAGUACAGGGUCGAGAGGAAGCUCGGCAAAGGCGGCUUUGGCCACGUCUUUGUCGGCCGCCGCCUAACCGGUGGCAACGGCCGCGGCGCCGGUGCUCACGAGGUUGCAAUCAAAUUCGAGCACAACACCAGCAAGGGCUGCAACUACGGCCCUCCAUACGAGUGGCAUGUCUAUUCUGCUCUUGGAGGUACUCAUGGUGUGCCCAAGGUGCAUUAUAAAGGCCGGCAGGGUGACUACUAUGUCAUGAUCAUGGAUAUGCUGGGGCCUAGCUUGUGGGAUUCCUGGAAUUCAGCAGGGCAGACCAUGUCAUCAGAAAUGGUAGCUUGUAUUGCUGCAGAGGCCAUUUCUAUCCUGGAAAGCAUGCAUUCUAAAGGAUAUGUACAUGGAGACGUCAAACCUGAGAAUUUUCUUCUCGGUCAGCCUGGAACUCCUCAAGAAAAGAAACUUUUUCUUGUAGAUCUUGGAUUAGCAACAAAGUGGAAAGAUCCUGCUACUCAACAGCAUGUUGAUUAUGAUCAACGUCCGGAUGCCUUCAGAGGAACAGUCAGGUAUGCUAGUGCCCAUGCGCAUUUAGGAAGAACUGCAAGCAGGAGAGAUGACUUGGAAUCACUGGCUUAUACACUAGUAUUUCUCCAUCGAGGCAGGUUGCCAUGGCAAGGAUACCAGGGUGAUAAUAAAUCAUUUCUGGUGUGCAAGAGAAAGAUGAGUACCUCACCUGAUAUCCUUUGCGGCCUCUGUCCUCAACCUUUUAAGCUAUUUCUUGAGACUGUAGUCAACAUGAAGUUUGAUGAGGAACCAAACUACUCCAAGUUGAUUUCUUUGUUCGAUGUUCUAAUUGGACCAAACCCUUCCAUCAGACCAAUCAAUACCGAUGGAGCCCAAAAGGUAGGGCAGAAGCGUUCUAGGCUGCUUAAUGACGACGACGAUAGCAAUGCAAGAAAGAAGAUUCGCCUGGGUGUUCCAGCAACACAGUGGAUUUCAGUGUAUAAUUCUAGAUCACCCAUGAAACAGAGGUACCACUAUAAUGUGGCUGACAAUAGGUUAGCGCCACACGUGGAGAAAGGAAAUGAGGAUGGUCUGCUGAUAAGCUCAAUAUCAUCAUGUGUUGAUCUUUGGGCAAUCAUCAUGGAUGCUGGAACUGGCUUCACGGAUCAAGUCUAUGAGCUGUCUCCACAUUUCCUUCACAAGGACUGGAUUAUGGAACAAUGGGAGAAAAAUUUCUACAUCAGUUCUGUUGCUGGCGCCAAUAUCGGAAGCUCUCUUGUAGUGAUGUCCAAAGGCACACCAUACACGCAGCAGUCCUACAAGGUGAGCGAUUCCUUCCCGUUUAAAUGGAUAAACAAGAAGUGGAAGGAAGGCUUCUACGUGACGUCGAUGGCGACAUCAGGCAGCCGAUGGGCCAUAGUCAUGUCGCGCAACGCUGGGUUCACCGACCAGGUGGUGGAGCUGGACUUUCUGUACCCGAGCGAGGGCGUCCACCGGCGGUGGGACAACGGGUACCGGAUCACGGCGAUGGCGGCGACCGUGGACCAGUCGGCCCUGAUCCUGAGCAUGCCGAGGCGCCGGCCUCGGGACGAGACGCAGGAGACCCUGCGCACGUCGCAGUUCCCCAGCGCGCAUGUCAAGCAACCCAACCCCCACCCCAUCCCAUUCAUGUGUAUAUUUUCAUUGGUGGUCAGCAGCAGGCAGGAGCAUCUGCUUGCUUAA